GUCAUAUUGACGCUUGUCAUACGUACCUUGUGAAUUUUUCACCAUCCCACGUCCAAACCGAGAUCGCCCAGAGGAUCAUCGCACCAAAUAAGUGAUGUCUAAAGGAAAUGGGUGGCGUUACUUCGCCCCAUUCGAAGUCGUCAUCCACAACUGUCCCGAAGACUGCUGGGUCUCCUUCUUGGGCAAAGUGUUCGACGUCACGCCACUCGUCCAGAAGCAUGCAGGAGAGAGAUGUGUUCAACCGUUGCUGGCGAUGGCCGGGAAAGACAUCUCGAGUUGGUUUGACGAGAGGACGGGGGAUAUUCAACAUUACGUCCACCCUGUAACCGGGUGCAGAGUGCCAUAUUGCCCGCACGGGCCUAUUCCGGACGUGCCGGAACAAGUCCCCACCAGUGACUGGAGGCCUCUGGAUAGGCCGCCUUGGUGGGACGAUGAAAGGUAUCAAGUGGGUUUACUCACAAAACGAGUUCGACCCUUGAGAAUUAUCAAUAUGGUGUGCCCUUUCAAUCAAGAAGUGCAACUGAAUGUAUGUUCUGAAGAUACUUUCAUUAGAAUCGAAGAGAGAUAUUUGCUUUUCAACAGUGACGCCGCUAGUUACACAUGGAGGUACACCAAUAGAAACAUCAAUAUGAACAAAACCCUUGAUGAAAAUGGCAUACUGGACGAGAGAGAUACAUUCACUGAUCUAGGAUUGCCUCAAAAUUACUAUAUCCCGAGCGUUUUUCUAUACUACAACGAUGAUCUGAAAUAUUUCGAUUUUGAUGAUGAUGACUGUGAACCUGUGGAGUAUUAAAUUCUCGAGGAGAUGAAACAA